GAAUGCCGCUCAGCCUUCCACCCUGUCACGGUCUCUUCCGCCACUGCGUCUUACUUUCCCUUAUCUCCUCUCCUCUGGCUCACUCAGGCCAGGGCCGAGAAUUCCCGCUUGCCUUCAAACCCAAGCCAACCAGUCCCAGCGUGCUUUGCACUUCCACCGUACAAAAACAUGGCAGCGUUCAGGGCCCCUCCCUGAUCCCGGCAUGCAUCGGGGGAUAGGCCUGGCCUUUCAGUUGUGCGGGAAGAUGGCGGCCGCUGGCGCAGAGCCGCAGAUCCUGGUACAGUACCUGGUGUUACGAAAAGAUCUAUCACAGGCGCCGUUUUCGUGGCCAGCAGGCGCAUUGGUAGCACAGGCUUGUCACGCAGCCACCGCGGCCUUGCACAUUCACCGGGACCAUCCGCACACGGCCGCUUACCUCCGGGAGCUGGGGCGCAUGCGCAAGGUGGUCCUCGAGGCCCCAGAUGAGACCACCUUAGAGUUGCUGGCAGAGACGCUGCAACAGAAGAACAUUGACCACAAGCUGUGGGUGGAGCAGCCAGAGAACAUCCCCACUUGCAUUGCACUCCGUCCCUACCCCAAGGAAGAAGUGAACCAGUAUUUGAAGAAGUUCCGAUUGUUCAAAUGACUGAAGUUAUCGAUUGCUUUGAUAUGUUUGAAUAUCAGCUGGAUCCAGAAACUGCAGGCUGUCCAUCCCUAAGCACCGUGUACUCCUUUCAGUGGCAAUUCCCUUCCCUUUAAAUUAUGACAGUUUCUUGAGGGUCAAAACAUGUUCAUAUUAAAGUUGUCAUUAAUAAGUAUUUUUAAUUAUUUAUAAGUUCAGAUGGGGAAAGUAGAUGAGUAGCAUUAUCAUCUAUGGGUCAUUGCUCAAAUAGAAGAUUUGGUUAGGCUCCUAUAUAGGGAUCAAGGAAAUACCCUUACUUUUUUGUUAGGAAUAAUAGAGUUCUUCCAGUUACCCAGGUUUAAAACUUUUCCUUUGAAUUCCCUCUUUUAUUUUUUUUUUGAGGUACGGGGGCCUCUCACUGUUGCGGCCUCUCCCGUUGCGGAGCACAGGCUCCGGAAGCGCAGGCUCAGCAGGCAUGGCUCACGGGCCCAGCCGCUCCGCGGCAUGUGGGAUCUUCCCAGACCAGGGCACGAACCCGUGUCCCCUGCAUCGGCAGGUGGACUCUCAACCACUGUGCCACCAGGGAAGCCCUAAAUUCCCUAUUUCUUACUCACAUCCAGGUAUUGUUAUCAUUGAAUCUUUGACACCAUCAACUUUAAGAUACACCAUUAUUUUACGUGUUGUUAAGAAAGAAGAAAUGCUGCCAAUUAAGUUGAAAAAUGUAAUUUCAUUUCAAAGAUGUU